CAGGAAGUGGGCGUGAUCAACACUUGAUAUUCAAUUUCUAGUAAAAAACAAUCACUAUGUGGAAGUUUUUAAACUGAUAAACCUAACUGAUAAUGCCUCCUUUACGAGCUUGUGGAAGGCGCUGGGAGUUUGCUAGCGAUGAUUUGGUCAUUCCUGGGAGUGUUCUAGUCGGAAUUAGGUCGAUAUGGCUCAUAAUACAGAUUUUUGGUAUUGGUUUCUAUCACAGUGCCCUGUCCUGUGGACAGUCUCCGUCAUUUGCCUCUGUCGCUUACGCCUCCAUCGCCAUGACAACUUGUGUACUCGUGCUAGAGGUUGCCAUAGUGAUCGCGAGCUCAAGAGGAACGAUAAGAAACAAUCGCCCAAGAAGAUUCGUCCCCCAUCUUCUCCAUGCCCGCCUCAUUAUAUUCGCUUUCGAAAUAAUUAUACUACUGAUGAAAACAGUCAUGGCCGUUCGACCCGAAGAGCUUAACAUUGACGUGGACCAGUGUCCCACGUUAGGGACGGCGGUCAUCGUCGCUAGGGUCGUGGUAGCCGUCACUUGGUUGAUUUUCCUAACAGUUCUCAUAUCUGUGGCGAUAUACCUUGAUCCAUGUCAUCUCUAUUCGAGUAAAGUCGGUAGCAGAGAGACAAGAGAAGAAGAAGGCAUCCAGCGUAGCAGGAGUGGGUCUUUAUUGAAUAGAACUAGAUCAGUUUGGGAGGACAGACUCAAACUGAUUUUCUGUCUUAGUAGCAGCGAUGAGUCUCAUCAAACCGCCUACAAAGAAGUUGCUAACAUAUUUGCUCAUUUGUUUCACGAUUCUAAUCUAGUCCUCUCCGAUAUUGCCGCCGGGAUUCUCCUCCUGCAAAAGAGACAUUUGGUGCACGAGAAAAACUUAAUCACUUUGGACACUCGUGACUUGACAUCCGUAGCAUUCAAUUUCACAGAUCCUGAGGACAAGAAAUUAUUUUCAGAUGCCUUGCAUUAUCUUAAUUUUGCAUUAGGUACGUACACAUGGUCUAUACACAUAUUCAUGAAUCCAACUUGUGGUUUUUGUGAGGUUUUAUCUCACGCUCAACUUUGUCGCUGCUGUUGUUGUUCCUCCCGUAAGCAAGUCCAUAAGAACAUACACAAGGACAACAGCUGCUACUGUGGCUAUGCUGGCUUCCUAGCUAUGACUGGCAUCAAUCAAGCUGACAUUAUUUAUGCUCGUUUUGAAAACGACCUCUACCGAACGCCAUUUGUCGUUUGCUUGGACCACGAGCGAGAGAGCGUUGUUGUUGCAAUACGAGGUACGCUCUCCCUUCAAGACGUCAUGACAGACCUCACGGCCACUACCCAUCCACUCCAGUUACCCGGUUGGUCGGAGUUUGCCGUCCAUCGUGGGAUGUACAACACUGCACUGUGGAUAAAGGAGUACUUGGAUAAUGACCAAGUGUUAGAAUCUGCUUUUGAGAAGGUCCCGCGAUACAGAUUAGUACUAUCUGGUCAUUCACUGGGCUCAGGAGUAGCGUGUAUAUUAAGUAUUUUAUUAAAAAAAUCGUACCCGGACUUACGCUGCUUUUGUUUCUCUCCCACUGGGUCUUUAUUAAAUGCAGAAGCAGCUAUUUACACGCAGUCUUUUGUCACUUCAGUUACGCUAGGACAAGAUCUGGUCUGUCGUUUGAAUGUGAACACAGCUCAUCAGUUCACUCGCCGCAUUAUAGAGGUACUCGAAUCUUCCAAGAAACCCAAGCAUCGGAUUUUGUUUGAGGGUUUUUUGGAAACCCUCGGGGUCUGUUGCGGUAGGGAGAUUGUUUUUUCAGAGGAUAGUGACCCAAGCAGUGGAUUAGCUGAGACUAAUAUCGACGAAAGUGACAACCCUUCUUCUCCUUUGCUCCUCUCAGACUCUGCCCCUUUAAGUUUCACCAAUGAGGGUUUCUCGAGCGAUGAAGAACCUUCAACCGGCGUCCCUCCCCUCUAUCCGCCUGGGAAGAUCAUUCACAUAGUUGAUACACUUGAAGAGAGAAGCUGCUUUUUUGCAAGGAGGCAGUUAGAAGCUACUUGGAGUGCUGCUAGUAGUUUUAAGGAAAUAAAUGUGUCUCCGUACAUGCUUAAAGACCACAUGCCUGAUGUGUUGUAUAGAGCAAUGGAAUCACUGUGGAAGGAACACAGAGAUGAUUUAGAUCAAGUCACCAUUCAGUUAUGAUAAUUAUUAUUACCGUAGAUCAGGAAAUUAGUGUGGUAGGAAAUUUUUGCGGUUUAAAAUUGCGCUGUGACUUAAUUUUUACUAAAUAAGACUGUGUCAUGUAUUAUUGAAUGUGGCAUGUUAUUAUAUGGGUAAUCUAAU